AGCUUUGCUCGCUCCAACCAUCUCCAUCCAUCUAGCAGCUAGUUAGCUAACCACCUCUCACCUCUUCACUUCUCUGCUGCUCUCUCUGCAUGCACGGUGCUGAGCAUCGGCUCAUCAGAACUUGAUCGUCCCGGCCGGCCGGGCUAAUAAUCCAGCUAGCUAGGGUUCUUAUCAAUUAUUAGGAGAAGAGGAACUGGCCGCAGGCUCGAUCUUGCUGGCAAAUUAAAGAACUAGCCGAUCGAUCGAGAGGCAUCAGCAUCAGCGAGAAGCCUUCUCGGUCGGUCGGUCGCCAUGGAUAGCAGCUGCAGCAGCUGGCUCCAUGGCUACAUCAACAACGCCGGCAACAACGGCUUCAUGUGCGGAUACGCUGCCGGCAGCUGCGCCCCUUCUGCCGGGCUGCAGUACAGGGAGGAGGAGGAGGAGGAGCAGCAGGAGCAGUUCCUCAUCAACAGCUCGCACCAGAUUCAGCACCACCUGAACCAGAUCAACAUGCGCAUGAACAUGGACGACGACGAGGCGUCGGUCUACGACGUGCCUGCUUCCAGCGACGGCGGCGGAGUUUCCCCACCCAUCGGCGUGCACAACCACCCGAUCGGCGUCGACGGUGGCCAUGGCCUCCUGAUCGCCGGCAGCUUCCCGUCCUCGUCGGCCUCCUCCUCGCUCUCGCUGCCCUCCGCGUCGAUCUCCUGCAGCCCCGAGAGCUCGGCGCACGUCCUCGCCACGCCGGGGAGCAGCCAGUACCUGGAGGUGUCCUCCCAGGUGCCGUUGCCGCCCGCGGUGCCCUACGACCACCACGGCCAGUACGCCAACCUCCACGUCCCGGCGGCGGCGGCGGCAAUGGCGCCGGCCACCAAGACCAACACCGGUGCGUUCAAGCGCUACGCGCGGCACCUCGGCCCCAAGAGGCCGCCCAAGCCGGGCGCGUGCGGCCAGAGGAUGUUCAAGACGGCCAUGUCGGUUCUGUCCAAGAUGCACGCGGCGGCGAGGUAUAGCUCCCAGCAGCAGCAGCAGUACUACUACCAGCAGGCGGCGGCCGCCGAGGCGGCGGCGCCGGCGCUGUCGGUGAACCAGCUGCAGCACAUGUUCUCCGAGCGCAAGCGGCGGGAGAAGCUCAACGACAGCUUCCAAGCCCUCAAGGCCGUCCUCCCCCCUGGCGCCAAGAAGGACAAGACGUCGAUACUGAUCAGGGCAAGGGAGUACGUGCGAUCUCUCGAGUCCAAGGUGGCCGAGCUCGAAGAGAAGAACAGGCUGCUCGAGUCUCGGCUGGUCCGCGGAGACGACAGCAGCGACGACGGCUCCGGCAAAGACGCCGCCGCCGAGGACUCCGGCAAGAAUAAGGUGCAUGUCGAGAUAACCAGGGCGGCCAAGGAGGUGCGGGCGACGGCGGCUGAGCCGCCGCGUGAGCUCUGCACGCUGAAGAUCGCGGUGAGCUCGCCGUGCAACAUGACGGACGUGGCGGUUCGGACGCUGCAGUGCCUGAAAGAACAGAUUGGCGAUGGCGUAACCCUGGUGGCAAUGAGCACGAGCGGGAGCGCCGCUGAAGCUUCGGAAGCCAACACCAACAACUCUCCACGAGCUGACCUGACGUUGCGGAUCAAGUCGCCGCCGGGGUGGGAGGAGCAGCCGGUCAGGGACGCCGUGGCGAAGGUCGUCGCCGACGCGCUGACGCCGCCGUGAUCAAUAACAGCUAGUAGCAAGCAGCAACACAGCGAACGCCGCGCCGCCGUACCUACCAGCCCAUGCACUUCCGCGAGGCUUCGUUCCUUACGCUCUCUGGCCAUCGUCCGCUCGUGCGUGCGGACACUGCCCACUCCACAAUCGAGCAAGAGGCGACCGCCGCUGAUAACCGAGACGACCCGUUCUUCGGCGAGACACCAGCCGACCAAUAGCUACGAGAUCGAGGGGAGGUCAUCGGUGGAGUGCUUGCGUCAUCAACAACUCAAU